AGUAACUGUGGAUCACAUUCACAUCAUUGGACCUAUUUGAAAACUGAACAGUCGUGGUUUUUCGAUCGGGACCAGAUGCGCUUUUACGCACUCCGUCUCCAGCCCUCACACAAGGCGCGCUUUUUUACGCACACUGGAUAUUUGACUCCUCAGUCCUCGGCACGAUGUCAAACGUCAGAAAACCGCAUUAUUCUAUAGGAAGAGGCUGUGUGUCAUUCAUUUUGGGCUGUUGAGGGGGCAGUUUGUUUCUCCUCGGGAAGACGAAAUGACCAACUCAUGAAUGGUUUCAGUGGGGUUUGCUUAGUCUUUCUCUCCCCGUUCCAGUUCAGAUACUCUAGAUCUGUCUAACAGGGAUUUAUAACUUCAGGAUUUACUUGAAAAUCGUCGGUAUCUGCGGAUCUGUCAGGGAUAAAUCACAGGGAGACGAUGGCUUUAUCGUUCCUCUACGCGCUGUGCAUGUGGAUAAGUGUAGUCUGUCCUUCGCUGGGAACAGGGUUUGUUUAUCGCUUUCCAGCCAUCACUGUGCAACGGCAGCGCAUCAAAUCAGAACAGAGCGGCAGCACUGGACCGCCAGGUACCGGACCCCAUACCCAGCUCAGGAACUGGUGUCAGUAUACGGUUUCCAGAACAGUGUCCUGUCAGGUGCACAAUGGGACAGAAACCUCAGUGCAGAGAGUUCUUCAGGGCUGCCGAUGGCCCGGACCCUGCUCCAAAGUCAUCAGCUACAGAACCGUGAUCAGGCCGUCCUUCAAGGUUACCUACAAGCAGGUCACUGCGCUGGAGUGGAGAUGCUGUCCGGGGUUUGUGGGAGAAGAGUGUCGUAAUGAGUGUUUGAACUGUACCAGUUUCACUGACAUGAACAGCAGAAUAAAUGCCAUUGAAUCAAAGAUCAAGCUGUUAGAAGAGGGUCGAUCAUCCCUGCCAACUGCCAGCAGUUUACCAGAGGGCUCAACAGACAACGAGGUGGACGCACCCCAACCCACUCCUAUUGCCCCACCGUCAUACCUGCCACCAGUAUCAGGAGGAAGAGGGCCUCCAGGACCCAUCGGACCACCAGGGCUUCCGGGAGCAGCUGGACCUGCGGGUCCGGCUGGAAGAGCAGGCCUGCUUGGACCCGUCGGACCAAAGGGGGACAGAGGUCUGCCAGGAGAAACAGGUCUCCCCGGCCUUCCUGGUCCACCAGGUCCUCCAGGGCUGAGCUUCUCUCCUGUCCGAGAGCGGGGUGACGUUUUUCAUGUGUACAAUCAAGAGGAGACCCCGGUCCGUGAAGCUCUCCCAGCUCCUCAGAUUGUAAUCGGGCCUCCUGGUCCAACUGGUCCAACUGGUCCCAUCGGCCCCUCAGGCCCUCCAGGACUGAGAGGAUCUGCAGGAAUACCAGGCCUGCCGGGACAAGAUGGCAAGGAAGGCCUCCAAGGCAAGCCUGGGGAUCCUGGGCCUAAAGGAGAUCCAGGGGAGAGGGGGUUUCCAGGUAUAACAGGCGAGCAGGGCCUACCCGGAGCACCAGGGCCAAAAGGAGAGCCAGGAGAAGGCUUGAAUGAGGGCGAGGCUGUGCAGCAGCUCAGGGAGGCCCUGAAGAUCCUGGCAGAGAGGGUCCUGAUCCUGGAGCACAUGAUUGGCGUUCACGACAACUCUGAAGGAUCUGGAUUUGGCAGCAUUUCGGACCCCCUGACUUUCCCUGCCAUAAAGAUCAAGCGCCUUCAGCCUGUUCAAAGCCCUCCGGUGCUGGAGGAGAGACACAGACGAGCUCCCCUUUAAGAGUAUAGUCUAAAUUUGUAUGUAUGUGUAUAAUUUUGAUGGAUGUGGCAGAUUUGAUGAUGUAAAUCAUGUUUCUCGUACCUUUUAUUAUUACAAUUAUUGUCACCUAUUAUUGUCACUUUUUUGUCACAAAUGAGUGCAGCUGUAAAAACCAAGCUCUUUGCAGACAUGAAAUGUUGAGCAUUUCGUCCACAUGAAAGGCUUUUUUUUUAGCCUUUUUGACCCUGUUGCUGUACAAUCCUACAUAACCUGCAGCAGCACUUGUACAGUGUUGUACAAUGAAAUAUAAUCUCAUAAAGUGUUAUGAAGGUUUUGGCAUCUUUCUUUCCUCAGAUAAAAGACUGCCUAGUAAACACAUCAGUCUCCUUGGCUGAUGUUGCAAAGCUCCGCAGGCUGCAAUGUGAGUUCCCGAGAGCUGCACCCAAAAUAUACUAUUUAGUGUCAAACACAUUUUUGGAACGACCUCGAGGUUCAUCUCGUGUUAGCCUGUCAAACAUAUAUCCUUUCUCUUCUUUCUGUCUUUCUCUGGUUGCUCAGUGUUGUUAAAACUGAGGUAAGACAUGACAGGCUGCCAAGAAAAUCUGCUUAAAAUAAAGUUAGGUGAAAUGAAUAGCAUCUGGAGAGUGCACAUCUGGAAAGCAAACGGAAGAGAUACUGAAACAGUUUAGUUUUGGCCAGGAGACCCUGCACCCUGCUCGGCUCCAGUGCACCUUCACGCGACUGUCUGAUGGAGCACUAAAUGGGACCGGACUACGUUGACUUCUUCACAAACUGCCUCUGAGAUUUGUUUCCAAACUGAUAUCAUUAUUGUUUAGGCCUAAUGAGUCUCUGAGAGAUCAAGCCUGCUGGUCUCUGAAUAAAGCUUUGACCAUGUCUGGUAGAUUCAUAUGUAAAAGGAGUAGUUUAGCAUUGUGGAAUAUAAGCUUAUCUCAAAAUGAUCGCUCUUAUUAUCGCUCUUUUGCCGAGGUAGAUGAGAAUAUUGAUAGCGCUUUUAUGUAAAGACUGAAAACAAGUGGAAACAGCUGGCCUUGCUCAAACAAAAAUCCUAUUACCAGCACUUGCAACCUCAUGGUGACAACAAUGCUGAGCUUAUGUUAUAGUGUUCAGACUGACAUUAUGAGCAGUGAAGUAGAAAAAAAUAUGUCAUAUAGCCUCUGAUUUUGGGGAAUUUCUGACAGCAACUUUUCCCACCUGUUGAAAAAAACUACAGAAAUGUCAAACCUUUGGAAAAUCACCAAUGCUGACAGUUACAUCUGAAUAAAAUCCAAUCCUAGUAAACCAGUACACCAUUACACCGUGUCAUUUAAAGGUCCAGUGUGUCGGAUUUAGUGGCAUCUAGCAGUGUAGUUGUGGAUUGUAAUUCUGUCGAUUCAUCCUGGCUUCCAAGCGUGAAGGAGAAACCACAGUGGCCACAAAACACACAAAAAACAGACCUAUCUAGAGCCAGUGUUUGGUUUGUCCUUUCAGGGCUACUGUAGAAACAUGGCUGUUCAACAUGGUGGACCUGUGACAUCUGUAGAUAAAAACGACUCAUUCUAAGGUAACAGAAACACAACAUGCAGGUUUUAAAAGGAGAACUUCACUGUCAGUGUGUAUUUGGAAAAUAACCUAAUUUAAAAUAGUUAUCUGGUUUAACAAGGGAGCAUCGUUAGCUUCAGACAGCGCCAUGCUAGCUGUUUCUGCCUGUUUCCAGUGUUUGUGCUAAGCUAAGCUAACUAGCUUUACUUUUUUUUACCAUUCGAGCGGCAUCCUUCUUCUCACCUAACUCUCAGAAAGAAAAACCAAAUAAGCGUGUUUCCCAAAAUGUCAAACUAUUCCUUUAAUCAUUAGCAGCAGAAGAGAGAUGAACCUGCCGGUAUCUGGUGUUCAGCCUCUGAUCACUUAUCUUAUGUUACAGAAGGUUACAUCUUCCCAGGCAGGCCUAUCUUUUAAAUACAGCUGUUUUGUUGUGUCUUGUGCAUGUUUCAUUAUCUUUUAUACUACACAAUGUCCAGGUGUGCUUUGUUGUUUAAUUUGCAAGACAUUAUGCUCACCUGUGUUCCUUUAUUGAAGUGAGAUUAAAGUCACAACAACAAAGGGA